AUGCCAAGAAGGAGCUCCAAAAAAGCAAAGGCCGAGAACACGGAACUCAGAGCUCUCAAAAAAGAGCUUCAAUUUGUUAAGUUUAAACUAAAAAAACAGAAAUUAACAAAUCAACUGACUGUUCAACGCAAUAAGAAGGAAAUUCAAAAGUUGAAUGCUAUAAGAGAAUCGAUUUUGACCAAGCAUCGUCUCGAACAAGAAUGGGAAAUGAAUCAGAUGAAACAAAUAGUUAGAGAAACCCGUCAAGAGCUCGAAUACCAGGAAUUCAUAUACAACAUGAACAUUGUGGUUCAGAAGGAGUAUGAGAAAGAGAUGUUGAAGAAGGAGCAAGAGGUAACUCGACAGCUGGAACGGAGAAACAAGGAAUUGAAGGAUGCAUUGGAUAAUGGAAUCAGUAUAAAGCCAUGGAAGCAGUGCGGUCGUUGCUUUGAAGAGUUUGGUGAAAAAGGAGAUCGAGUUCCAAAGGUUUUGGACUGCGGUCACACUCUCUGCGUCGGAUGCCUGAAACAAAUCGCCCAACCGUACUCUAUUGGUUGCCCCUUUGAUGGCCUUGUCACCGAUCUUGACGAAAAAGAGAAGAAGACUAUCGAUACCCUCCCAAAGAAUUUUAUUGUUUUUAAUAUGUGA